AUGACAAUUGAUACUUCUCGUUCACGACAUGUACCGAAAUCAAUAUUAAAUAGUAUAACAACAACAAGUAUCGGUCGUUUCUAUGAAAAACGACAUCAAUUAUAUGGUGCUCUUGAUCAAUAUAGUAAAGCUUUAUCAUCGAAUCCAGAUGAUACAGCUACUUAUAUUGAUCGUUCACGUGUUUUUCUUAAAAUGGGUAGUAUCAAUAAAGCUCAAGAAGAUACGGAUUUAGCAUUAAAUUUAAUUGAAGAUACACAACAAAAUUCAAAUCUUCUUUUCUAUUAUGUUUGUUUACAAAAAGCUGAAGUUUUAUAUGCAGAUGGAGAAUUUGAAUUAGCAUUAUUAUAUUUUCAUCGUGCAAAUAAAAUCAAACCAGCACAACAAACAUGUUUGGAAGGUAUUCGGAAAGCAACAGAAAUUCUUGAAUGUACAAUUUGUAAUCCUAAUAUUCAUUUAACAAUAACAAGUAAUUUAAUUAAUAUUAAACCAAAACAAUUGAAUAAACCAAAUUUACUUAAUCGAUUGCCUAUACGAAAACAGUUACCUUCAAUUGAAAAACCUUUAACUGAAUAUACAGAUAAUGAAGCGAAUAGACUUUUAGUAGAAGUAGCAAAAGAUCGUAAAUUAUUAAUUGAUCUUUAUACAGAUAAACAACCAUCGACUGGUUUUACUGGUUUAAAUAAAGCAAAAAUUGAAGCAUAUCGAGCUAUUUCUAUUGUUGAAGCUCAACUUAAGUUUUUCGAUAAAGCUGAAUGUGUUCAUAAUGAUCAACAUGUUAAUCGAGAAAAUCUCAUAUGUACAUCAAAAAUGGAUCGAACAACUCUCGUUCGUAUAGUUGAAGAAGAACUCAUGUAUUUACAUAAACUCUCAUCUAAAGAAAAGAAUAUGGAGAUUCUCUAUCGAUCCAUGAAAAUUAUCAAUUGUCUUCAAUCAUCUGAUAAUACAAAUAAUUCUCUUGAUCCUCGUAUGCGUUUAAUGCUUGCAGAAGCCUACAGAUUAGUUGGACAAUCUUACAAUGAUAUUAAAUUAUUUGAUCAAAGUUUAGAAAAUUAUAAGCAAGCCUAUGAUAUAUUAUUACCCUUGAAAGAACAGAGUUGUCUCUAUCGAGCUACAUUUGAUAUAGCUCGAAGUCUUAUGUUAACAAAUAAAUAUUCCGAAGCAAUAGAAUUAUUUCUUGAAAUGUUUAAUAAAUCAACAUCGAAUAAUGAACGUUCAUUUGUUUAUCAAUAUUUAAGUUCUUGUUCUUUAAAUAUGAAUAACUAUGAUCAAGCAAAACAAUAUGCUUAUGAAGCACUUGAUUAUGCAACUAUAUCAAAUGAAGAACUUUUAAUUAUUGAAGCUAAUAUAUUAUUAGGUAAAAUUUAUUUUCAAUUAAAAGAUUUUCAACAUGCUGAAGAAUAUAUAAUCUAUGCACAAAAUUUAAAAGAUCAAUUAGGUGAUUUAAAUCAAAUGAAAUAUUUAGAUGAAUUUUUAAUUGAUAUUAAAAAUCAUAAGAAAAAAAUUUUCGAAGAAAAAAUUUCACCAUUUCAUCAAUUAGAAGAAGAUUAUACGAAUAAAAUAAAUAAACAAUGGAUUUCAUCGACGAUGCAAAAUAAUGAAAAUCAAUUUCAUAAGAAAAAUAUUUAUAAUUAUCGUAUUCUUACACCAUAUCAUCGACUUUUUGAUAUGUGUAUAGAACGUAAAAAGAAAACUCGAAGAAAUAUUGAUAAUUUAAAGCAAACAAUACCUACUCCAUCAACAAGUUUACCAUUAAUAUCAACUACAAAUUUAUAG